CACCACGAUGUCCGAGACAUACUGGCCCAAGAAUGCAGACCUUCUUUUGCCCGACAGAGAAUGGAGGCUGAACAUUACAGCUCCACACCAGUGCUAGAGCCCUUCUUGGACAAGAACACUCAUCCGAAUGAACAAAUAUUCCAAUAUCCCCCACCGUUUGGUUUCCUGGACAUGAAGAACCAGCUUCAGGAGAUCCUGGACCUCCUACCAGCCUCCUCUGAGGAGAGACGUGGAGGGAGGGACUGUUGUCGAUGUCUAGUGAUUGGAAAUGGAGGAAUACUGAAAGGACUAGGACUCGGACCUCUUUUUAACCAGUUUGAUACCAUCAUCAGAUUGAACAGUGGUCCUGUGCGAGGUUUCAGCGCAGACGUUGGGAACCGCACCUCUAUCAGGAUGAGUUAUCCUGAGGGCUCCCCGAAGGUCUGGGAAGACAUGGAUUCAGAUCUUAGAUUUGUGGCUGUGAUCUAUAAGUCUGUCAACUUCCACUGGCUUCGUGCGAUGAUUACCAAGACGUCCGUUUCGCUGUGGGACUGGCUGUGUUUCUGGCAGAAUGUGCCGGUGAGUCUCCCGCUCAAGGCCUCUCAGUUCCGUCUGCUGAAUCCAGAGAUUAUUAGAGAGACAGCUUUGGAUCUGCUUCACUAUCCCAGUGUUAGAGAGCGCCUCUCGAGCUGGGACCAGAAUGUCCCUACUUUAGGAGUGUCUGCACUCAAUCUGGCAACAUACCUGUGUGAUGAGGUGAGCUUAGCAGGCUUUGGCUAUAACCUCAGCCAGAAAGACGCUCCUCUCCAUUACUACGACCACAGACUCAUGACAUCCAUGCUAAAGGAAGCCAUGCAUGACGUUCAGACCGAGACGGUUUUCCUCAAGCGUCUGGUAACGUCUGGCAGUAUUACUGACCUCACGGGAGGAAUCCACUGCAACUUCUGUUCAAGAUGACUGUCUUGACUCCAGAUGACUGAGAGGGACAGACUCUCACAGUGGCACGUGUGAGGAAUAAUUCAGGAAAGUGAGGGAAUAACUGAAAACAGUCAUUGACACACUACGAAUGAAGCACUGCUGAGUAUUUUACCAUCUUUAAAGCUGUGAUGCUGAUGCUCUGGCUGUUCUGUUUUUUAUCAAAGCAAGGCCAAUCACAAAAAGAUUAAGGUUUUAGAUUAAACAUUUAAUUCAUUCAUUUUUAGUGUCUUUUGUUUUAAAAAGCUAUU